CAUGGACUUCUGGCCCAAUACAAUGUUAUAUAAAGCUCAAUUAAUCUGUUCAGUAGCUCAAAGCUAACAUUAAAAAUGUUAAAGCGUUCCUCUGCCUCGGGAAUUAUCGCAUUUGUGCUGUUGCUGAAUGGCUGCGCCGGCAAACGGUACUGGGAGUACGAGCCGCUGUCUUUUAAGGUCCAAACGUCGGAUCCAAAGAAAAUGAAUAUUGUGGCAAUAACGGAACGCGUGGGACCCGGAAAAUAUGCCCUAACGGCCACAUUGGACUGGAACUAUGAUACCGAUGAGACCACAAUAUCAAAUUGUGUUCUUAACCAAAUUAGUCUGAUAUUCUCACAGGUAGAGGCUGUGGCCUAUCGCAGCUCUUCGGGCAACCCCGAUGAAUAUAUUCUACUGCCGUGGUCUAUACCAAAGCAGAUGUAUAAAAAGUAUACCGCUUCCUACUACAAAGACAUAUUGUUUAAAAAUCUCGGCCACUGCUCGAAUCUACCGCAGCCCGACAACGUUGAUCCCUGGCCCAGAAACAUCUACAAACUGGAGAAGUGUGUGCUGACCGGCGACGGUUUGCCCGAAAUAGCGCCCCAGGGCUAUUACAAGAUCAUAUUCAGGGUGACCGGCGAGGUGGACUGGAGCCUUGAGUUGAUAGCCAAGUUGACAACGACCGACAAUUUCUUUGGUUAAGAGAAAACAAGUGAAGAAGUCAAGUGGAAAGUUAAUUGAGAUGGACAAGUUUGGUAAAUAAAAUAGGCCAAUAUUUAGAUGUAAAA